AUGAGACAAAUUGUCACUGGUGUAAUUCACCAAACAACACAAUCACAACAAAUACCAAAUGUGAUAAACUCAAAUCAAAUUCAAUUUUCAAAUGAACCAAUGGUUGUUGGAAGUAUUGAGGAUUUUGAUAUUGACUCUGAAGUUCCACCUCUUGCAAUAAAUUUACAAAGAUCAAUAAAUAAUAAUAAUAAUAAUAAUAAUAAUAAUAAUAAUAAUAAUAAUAAUAAUAAUAAUAAUAAUAAUAAUAAUAAUAAUAAUAAUACCCAACCUUGCACAACUGUAUUUUUAGAUAGAGAUAGUUGUGUUAAUGUCAAGGCAACCAUUGAUUUAUUAAAGGAACAAUUAGAAUUUACGAUCAAGGAUUUAAUAGAUUUCAAAGAAAACUAUGAUAAACUAGAGUCAACAGAACAAUUUAAGCAAUGGUCUAAUUUAAUUAAGAAUAUUAAAGAAAACUCUUUAAAUAAUUCAAAUAUUUAUUUAACAAUACCAACUACUCAAAAUUUAAUUAAUAAUAAUAAUAAUAAUAAUAAUAAUAAUAAUAAUAAUAAUAAUAAUAAUAAUAAUAAUAAUAAUAAUAAUAAUAACAAUGUAAUAAUACCAUCAGCAUCAACUGAAAACAAAGAAGAAAAUGAUAAUAAUAAUAGUAAUAAUAAUAAUAAUAUUAAUUUAUCACCAGAUAGUUCAAUCACCAAAGAUAUAAAUAUAACUGAAAAUAAAAUAACGGAAAUUAAAACUACAGAAACUAAAGAAACAUCUACAGGAACUUCACCAUUAGAAAAAUCACCAUCAAAAGGAUUUAUAAUUUCACCAAAAAAACCAGAAGAAGAAAAUGAAAUUGAAGGUGAAACAAUCAAUAAUAUAGCAAUAACAAACUAUACACAGGGUCCAUCAAUGCUUACAUUAAUGAAAAAGAAACUUGAAAAUAUUAAAAAAAAUAAUAACAAUAAUAAUAAUAAUGGUAAUGGUAAUAAUAAUAGUAAUAAUAAUAAUAGUAAUAGUAAUAAUAAUAAUAAUGGUAUUUCGCCAUCAUCUUCACCACCAUCACACUUGAAUGGUAAUAAUAAUAAUAAUAAUAGUAAUAAUACAAAUUCUAAUAAUACAACAAAUGCUACGACCAAUAGUGUAGGAUUUUCAAUAACAAUGACUAAUUCAAAUUCAUUAUCAGUUUCAAAGAGAAUGAAUAAGUUUAAAUCAUGGACAUCAUCUAAACCAACUUCAUCAUCUAUUGGAUUUGCUUCAUCACCACAAAAUAAUGGUAAACCUUUAAAUAUUAGUGGUUCAAGUAGAUUCUUUACCUCUAGACAAGAUUCAAAAAUUGAUUUAUUAAAAUCACCAUCAAGUUCACCACCAACUCAAUCAGAUAUAUUUAAUGAAAAUAAUAAUAAUAAUAAUAAUAAUAAUAAUAAUAAUAAUAAUAAUAAUAAUAAUAAUAAUAAUAAUAAUAAUAAUAAUAAUAAUAAUAAUAAUAAUGAAGAAUUAAUAAAUAAUAAUAAUAAUAAUAAUAAUGAUGAAAAUUAUAAAAUUGAAGAAACAGAAGAAUCAUUAAAAGAACUAUUAGAGAAAGAGAAAUUGGAGAAUGAAGAAAGAGAGAAAAUUUUAAAAGAAAGAAAUGAAAUUGAUAAUUUAAAAAAGAAAAAUCAUUUAUCAAAGGGAUAUUUUAUGAGAGCAUGUAAUGCAUCCAAUGAUGAUGGAUUGGAGGAAGAGGAUAUACCACUUCAAGAUGAACAUUGGGAAACCAAUGUUAUCGUGUUAUUACCAUGUAGACAUCAUGUAAAGGUACCAGGUUCAUCGAGUAGUUCAAUUGAUUCAAUUAGACAAUUGGCAUGGGCAAGUGGUAAAAUGCAAGGUCAUUUAAAUUUAGAAAAAGAUGAGAAAUUCUUUACACUACGUUGGUGUAAUAAAGAUGUGGUAUUCGAUCAAGAUACGCCAUUGGGUCAUUUAAUUCAGUAUAAUUUAAAUUACAAUAAUCCAACACAGAAACCAACAAAUAUUAAAUUGGAAUUGGUAUUGGAGGAUGAACUUUGUAAAGAGAGAUUAGUGGAUUUACAAAGUUUAGAAAUUAAUAAUGGUAGACCAAGCAUUUGGAAAUCUCAUAUCGAUGAUGUACUAAGUUUCAAUAGAAAAUUACGCGAGUUGGCAAUGUUGGCAAAACCACAAUCAAAUGUACCAGCUGCUCGUUUAACACCUUAUCCACCACCAAAAACAAUUCCAGAAUUCUUUGUCAUUCGUGUACAUCUCUUUAAAAAUCAAACUAAAUCACUUCGUUGUGCUAAUAAUCAUACAGCAUUCUCUUUAAUGACAAUUCUAUCUGAAAAACUUAAAAAUACAACACCUUUUGAUCCAACACAAUAUCGUUUCUUAAUAACUGGUAUUAAUCAAUAUGUUGAUCCUAAUGUACCAUUAUUAUCAGUUGAAUAUAUAGUUGAAAAAAUUAAAAGAAAAGGUGAAAUUGAUUUAACAAUGGUAGAAUUAUUAAGUUUAGGUUUAAUUAUACAACAACAGCAACAACAACAACAACAACAACAACAACAACAACAACAACAACAAAUAGAAAAUAUUGAUGAUGAAAAUAUUUUAAAAUUAAAUAAUGGAAUUUUAAAUGUUUUAUCAAAAAUUGAAAAACCAAUUAGAGAAAAAGAUAAUUGUAUUUCAUCAUUAACAGUUACAGAGAAUUUACAAGUUAGAUUAUUACAUGCUCAUGAAAUUUUUGCAAGUAAAGCAUCAGAGAUAAUUGGUACAGAUUCACCAAGUAUUCAAUUAUUUAUUGAGGCAGCAGUUUAUUUUGGUGGUGAAUUAUUAGCAACACAAAGUAGUAAAUUGGUUAGUUUCCAAGAUACAGUGGUUUGGAAUGAAUGGGUUAAUAUUCCAUUAGCAGUUUCAAAUAUUCCAAAUGGUGCUAGAAUGUGUUUAGGUUUAAAUGCUAGAUAUAGAGGUGACAUUUUUAAUAUUGGUUGGGUUGGUCAUCGUUUAUUCGAUUCAAAAGGUAUACUAAAUACUUUUGCACCAUUCUCUCUAUUAUUAUGGCCAGGUAAAAUUAAUCCAAUUGGAACUUGUGUCGAUAAUUUAGAGAGUAAAGAUCAAGCGAUUAUCAUUGCAUUCGAAUUUAAAGAUUAUGUUGUACCAAAAACAAUUCACUAUGAAGAUGAUUUAAUAGAGUUAAUUAGUAAAGACGAGAAUGGCAAUGAAUUACCAGUGGUUACAAUGGAGGAAAUGGAUAGAGUCGAGCAAAUUAUAUUACAAGAUCCACUCUAUUCAUUGAAUAAAGAAGAGAGAUUGUUAAUUUGGAAAUCAAGAUACUUUUGUCAUACGAAACCACAAGCAUUAUCAAAACUUUUACAAUCAGUAGAAUGGACAAAUUAUAAACAAGUUGGUGAAGCUUUUCAAUUAUUAAAAAUUUGGCCAACUUUAUCGGCAGUCGAUGCUUUAGAGUUAUUGGAUCCAAAGUUUGCAGAUUGUGUUGAAAUUAGAGAAUACGCCGUUAAAUGUUUAGAUCAAAUGUCUGAUUAUGAAUUGGAGAUUUAUAUGCUUCAAUUGGUACAAGCUAUUAAACAUGAUGUUUUUCAUAACUCUGUAUUAAGUUUAUUCUUAAUUGGUAGAGUUUGGCAAAAUAUGCAGGUUUUAGGUCACCCAUUCUUUUGGCAUUUACGUGCUGAUAUCGAUAAUCAAGAGGUUUGUGAAAGAUUUAGAGUGUUAUCAUCUGGUUUCUUACGUUAUGCACCAACUCAAUUAAUGGAAUCAUUUAAACGUGAAAUUACAACCCUUAGAAUUUUAGAGAAUUUAGCUAAACGUGUUAAAGAAGUACCUUAUGAAAAGAGAAAACAAUAUGUUGAAAAUAAUUUACGUGAAGAGCAAUCAUUUCCAACCGAAUUAUUUGUACCAUUUGAUCCUUCAAUUCGGAUUUUAAAUAUUAUUCCAGAGAAAUGUAAAUCAAUGGAUUCAGCAAAGGUACCACUUUGGGUAACAUUUAAAAAUGCUGAUCCUUUUGCACCACCAUUACAAAUGAUAGCAAAGACUGGUGAUGAUCUUAGACAAGAUAUUCUAACAUUACAAUUGUUGCGUCUAAUGGAUCAUAUGUGGAAAUCACAAGAUUUAGAUUUACAUAUGACCAUUUAUCGUUGUAUUGCAACUGGUAUGGGUACUGGCUUAAUUGAAGUGGUUCCAAAUUCAGAAACUGCCGCUAGAAUCCAAGCUGGUGCUGGUGGUGUAUCUGGUGCUUUCAAACAAACACCCAUUGCAAAUUGGUUGAAAAAUCAUAAUCAAACUGAAAAUAGUUAUCAAAAAGCAGUUUCAAAAUUCACAUUAUCUUGUGCUGGUUAUUGUGUUGCAACUUAUGUUUUGGGUAUUGGUGAUAGACAUAAUGAUAAUAUUAUGGUAGAUAUUCAUGGACACCUUUUCCAUAUCGAUUUUGGUCAUUUCCUUGGUAAUUUCAAAACAUUUGCAGGAUUUCAACGUGAAAAAGCUCCAUUCGUUUUAACUCCUGAUUUCGUUUAUGUAAUUGGUGGUAAAGAUUCUCCAAAUUUCGCUUUCUUUGUUGAUAUUUGUUGUAAAGCUUUCAAUAUAAUUAGAAGUAAUGCUCAUGUUUUUAUAAAUAUGUUUGAAUUGAUGUUAUCCACAGGUAUUCCAGAACUUAGAAGUGAAAAUGAUAUUGUUUAUUUACGUGAUAAAUUUAGAUUAGAUCUUACAGAUGCAGAAGCUUCAGAAUACUUUAAAAAACUUAUUCAUGAAUCAAUAGGUACAUUAACAACUACAAUUAAUUUUGCAAUUCAUAUUAUGGCACAUCGUAAAAAUUUAGUUUCUGGUAAUUCAGCACCUAAAAUUGGAAGUGCAAGUAGUUUAAAUUUAAAUAAAAAUAAACCAUCAUCACAAAGUAAAUUAGAUUUAAGUAGAUCAGAUUUAAGUAGAUCAGAUUCAAGUAGAUCAGAUUCAAGUAGACUUGACUUAAGUAGAUCAGACAAAAAAAAUAAUAAGGAUAAUAAAGAAAAAGAAAAAGAAAAAGAAAAAGAAAAAGAAAAAGAAAAUAAUGAUAAUAACGACAAGGAUAAUAAUAAUAAUAGUAAUAAUGACACAGAGAAAGAAAAUAGUAUAGAUAAAUAG